CCCCCCCCCCCCGAAAUAGAAUGGGGAAUGGUCCCAGGAGCUCAGUAGUUUGCUCGGCCGGCGCACAUGCUAUUCUCGCCUUGCUUCGCCGCUGAAUAUACCCAUUUGCAAAUUAGCGACGCAAUACUACUCACUACAUACCGGUACAGCCUUCGACCCCUCCCUCCCUCUGUCGGUGACCCAGGCUCGGUGCAGAAGCAAAUCCUAUCGGCUCUCGAAUGCGGGGGGUGUCAAUCUAGAAAGUAUCAAACAGUAAGAGAGACCGAGAGACUGGACCUUAAUUCGCAUCAAGCGCCUUGCCCAACCGAGCCCAAUGGCCUUGCUUUGUUUGCCAAGGGACACACGGAUACCACACAAGGCUGUAUAAGCUGUGAAGCCCCGGCGACCUCGCACCAAGCGAUGGAUGUGUGGCUCGGGCGCUGGCAUUCAUUGCUUCCGCGUCAAACUCGGCCAAUUGAGAUGGACUGGACUGUUCGAGCAGCGGGCACACGGCGCUACCAUGGACCAUGGAGUGUGUGUGUGUAUAUGUGUGUGUGUGUUUGAGUUUCCACAGCCGAUCCUGGGCGAUGGGAAGGAGGCAGUCUCCGUAUCUCCGUCC